AUGACUCCAUCACCGACCACACCACAACACUCGAGAAACUCGUCAGCUGUUGAUAGCCUCCAUAACUAUUCUCACGCACGAAGACAAUCCAGAUCUUCUAUUAAUGACCCCGCGACCCCAUUUUCAAAUGACGCAAACCAUCAGGAUAGCAUAGAUCUGGGGGUCCUGGCUAGCGGAGGCCCGGCUCCCGGCAUGGGGAAUUUAGCAGACGAACUUGCUGAUGCAUUUUCUGAUUCAAACGAGGAGGACGAUGGGGAAUAUGGGGACCAAGAAAACACUUCACGCUCACGAAACGCCGGAGCGCAGGGAACCACGGCCGACGGUAUAGGAGAUGACGGAGCUGGCUUCAAUUCUACACCGACUAAAGAUAUUGCCGGUGGAAAUGAAAAUAGUAUUGGAUUGCUUUCGCCGCAUGGCAGAGGGCACCAGAGGAAAAUGUCAGAAUACGACGGCAGCGAAUAUGGCUCCGAGUCAGACCUAGACGCUGCAGGCAUGCCGCCAACCUUAAUCGCCAAAAUCGAUGCAAUCGAAUCUCUCACUCGGAGGGGCACAGAAAAAUAUGGUGGCCCCGGUGAUGAAGUAUUCCAACGUGUGACAGACGGUCUUCGGGAAUUGGGCCCGCAGUCAACCGUCGAAGGAAAUGCGUCCAGGUUAAUAACGGCCCAUACAGCUCUUACUACACACCUUACACACCAAACUCGCCAGCUGCAUGGCUUGACAUUUCCACUACUGUCUCCCCUGGCACCUGCACCGGAUAUUGAGACAAUUGAUAGCUUAGUACCUCUCCUGAUAUCUCUAUCGGACGACAUGCCCAGACCGUCGACAACAGCCUUCAAUUCCUUGACAGCCCUUCACUCUAUCACAUCGGAAUUAAUCCAAACCCUGAACUAUCUUUCAGACACACUACAUAUGUCUCGACAAACAACAGUCACGGCAACUAGAAGACUAAAGAGCGCAAAGGAGCUCGUGUCCGAGAUGCGACGGGAAGAGGAGCUGCGGGAGGAGGGUGAGCGCUGGUUAACUCGAGGCAACUGGAGCCAGCGUCUUCAAAACAGAGAAUGUGCAAACGUCUGCGGGGAGGUAAUUGGAGGCUUUGAAGAUGUUUGCAACGGCUGGCGACAACGACUUCUUGCGCAGACCGAGUCUACCUAG